CUAGACUAGGCUGCUAUGCUAGUUGCCAUCCGAUAGUCUCAAAUUGUGGACGUGUAACCGAAAAGACGUGCAGGUACUACAAGCAGGCGUCAUCAUCAUCAUUCAGAUUCAAUGCAGUUUUGUUCCUGCAGCAAUUGGAGAUUGUGGGAAGAGGAAGUGAAGACAAAAAAAACAUUCAAGUUAUACGCGAGUGAAAAAUCAAUUUUAGCCAGAAUUUGCUGUGACUUACUGGUCUAGUUUCUAGGAUAACUGUGUUUAGUAGCGGGGAGGUACGAAAGGUGGAAAGUGAAUCAAUUCAAUCGCAGAACACUUUUUCGUUGUCAGUCAAAAGGAAAAUCGUAAUUAAAUUUUGCAAACGGUGCAGAUUUUUUUUUUGCUGUUAACUUGUGAACCGUUAUAUUGCUCAGCCGAUAUAUUUGCCGCUGCUGGUGUUGGUGCAAAUUUCCUUCUACUUCGAAUAAGUAGAUAUGCUGUACUCAGCAGUUUCGUGAAGAAAAAGAAGUGCUUUUUUCGCGGAUGUUUUCUUAGCUCUUGUCAUCGGUUCGGUCGGUCGCGAUAUGGCGGGUUUGCUUACGCAAACGGUUCGUGUGAAGUGAAAAUAUGUACCUUUAAAAGAGAUGCAGAUGAUAAAGCAGUAAUAAGUGUGCAAAAGGUAGCCUGCUUCGGAUGCAAUUUCAGUCAAUGGAGUGGUGAAAGUUUUUCCCUCUGUGCAUGUCAGCUUGAAAAAGUCGGGGGUGUGUCUGUGCGGAGAGGAUAAAAUAAUUGAAAAAUCACGACGUCAUUUUAAGGAGCUGGUGAGAAGGGUUUUUUUAUGCGAAGGAAUUUCGGGUAGGAUUAUUACGUCUUACUACGGUAACUUGUUUUGAUUUGUAAGAGGUGAAACAAAGAAAGAGAGGGAAUAAUGAUGGAGGAAGCAAAAGCAACCACUGGAAAUGGGGUUCAAAAAGACGGAUCCGAAGAGGACAAUACAUCGGCAAUCGUAGCAAACCGCAAUCGAAAGCAGCAGCAACAGCCGAAGAAAAUUCACUACGUGAAUCCUUUCGUGCAUAAACUUAUUUGGGAUGAUCCUGUCGAUAAAGUUAAGACCGCCUUCCUCACAGUAUUCCUGCUGCCAUUUCGAGUAAUACUGAUCUUCGUUUGUUUGGUGAUAGCGUGGACCCUGGCGAACAUCGGCUUGUACGGGGUGUCGCGGGAGGAACUGCGUACGAAGCCCCUGUCCGGCUGGAGGCGACAGUUACGCGUCGUAACCGCACAGGUGAUGCGACUGCUGUUCGUGUUUGGCUCGUUCAACCUUAUCCGGACCAAGGGCGAACGAGCCUCCCCGAAGGAGGCCCCGGUGAUCUGCGUGGCGCCCCACACCGCCUUCUACGAUUCGAUCUGUGUAAUCCUGUUCGGGCCGUCGGCCGUGGUGGCCAAGUACGAGACAGCUUCGCUGCCGUUCUUCGGAAAACUGAUUGAUUAUGCCCAGCCAAUCUACGUGUGCCGGGAGGAUCCGAACUCGCGUCAAACUACGAUCAAGGAAAUCAUCGAGCGGGCCAACUCGAAGGAAAAUUGGCCGCAGAUAUUGAUCUUCCCGGAGGGUACGUGCACCAACCGGACCUCGCUGAUUCAGUUCAAACCGGGUGCGUUCUAUCCGGGUGUUCCGAUACAGCCGGUGCUGGUGCGCUACCCGAAUAAAGUGGACACCGUGACCUGGACUUGGGAGGGACCGGAUGCUUUGCAGCUGCUAUGGCGUACGCUGACGCAGUUUCACACGUUCUGCGAGAUUGAAUUUCUGCCGGUUUACUACCCGAGCGAGGAGGAGAAGCGUGAUCCAAAGCUGUACGCAAAAAACGUGCGCAAUCUGAUGGCCCGCGAGCUGGGCAUUCCGAUCUCAGACUACACCUUCGACGAUUGUAAACUGAUGACAUUCGUCAAGAAUAUCAACAUGCCAUAUGCCGCAUUCACUGCGGACAUCGAUAAGUUGCGGAAGACGCUAGGGUUAAAUAAGCUCAACAUUGAGGAGCAGAUAGUAGCAGAUGAAGCCAAAUUUACGGAUGAAAACAGUUACCUGACGUUGGAGGAAUUCGCCCGGCGGCUGAAUGUUCCUGCCAACGAGGAGUCGACGGAGAAGCUCUUCCGAAUAUUUGUGCGGUGCGCUAAUCUAAUCUAAACACGAUGUAAGGGUCUUGAAUUCAAAUAUCAAUAUCAGUAUAUUGAACUCUACAUAACAUGGAUUCCUAGUGAAAAAUGCAGGAGUUAGAAAAUUAAUGACCGAUAUUUUUAAUUCUAAAUCAACAAUUUUUGACAUGGAGUUCGACACCAGGAUCUUAGUAUAAAAGAAAGUAGAAUCCAGAAACCAAAAUUCGGAUCAUCAAUUAGGAAUCUAUAUAUUAGAUCUACAUUCGAUCAUUGGAUUUCAUUAUCCAGAAAACGAAGUACAGAUGCCAACAACCAGAAUGAAACUUGCUUCAUCCAGAAUCCGGAAACAUAAUCAGUUGCGAUCUGAGAAUCACAAAAAAACACUGAAAUUCGCCAGAACAACUGUGUAUGAUGUGCUCAAACGUUUCCGAGGACGGAUGACAGUGAUCAGGAAGGAUCUAAGUAAUCGUCGUAGUGGCAUAAACAAUCGACAGCUGUACUGGAAGGUUUCCAGGCUUAUCAAGGUAAACCCAAGAUUCUCAGAUUGGGUGAUCGCCAAAAAAUAUAGUGAUAACGCCGGAGGAUUUCUUCACGAGGAGGCUACUGUUUUUUCCGUGCCUGUAAGAAUCCCUAAAAAAAAACACGUUUGUUGUAGGAGAAGUUGAACAUAACUAUGUCGAGGAACAAAAGUUCAUGAGAAAGUUGACGAAGGCACGAAUUGUCGAAAAAUGAGAGGAAUGACAAAAAAAGUUUGAAAAUGUUUGAAAUGUCAAAAAUUGUGAAAAGAUAAAAAUUUUCCAAACGUCUUACAAAUAAAAUAGCUUCAAGAAAAGUUGAAAAACAAUCGAAAAAGAUUGAAAGCGUUUAAAAACGGUGAAAAAAGUUUGUAACAUUAACAAUGUAAAUGUUAUUUGAAAAAAAAAAAGUGCUAAAUUUUGUAAAGUUUUCGAAUGUUGACAGUCUGAUAAAUGAAUGAAAUUGAAAUAGAUGAAAAAUAUGAUUCCACAAA